UUCCCCUGAUGUGGUUGGACACAUUCCUCCUGGCUGAGCCUGUCCGUGUCAUGACCAAGUACCCAGUGUCGCUUCAUGCAAGCAGUCGCUCCUGACGCCAUUCUUUUUGCAGAACUUUCAGUUUGCUUCCAUGAAAUAUGCGAUGGUCGCAGGAGUGCACGGUUCCUCUUCAGCUGCUACUACACUCUGUUUUCACCCUGGCAGCCGGCCAUGAAGGGCUGGACUUCCCUCACUUUGCAGGACAAGGUCAUGUUCCUCAGCCAGGGUCCAUCACCCACCCAGUGAGAACCAACGCUGAUGGAGACUUCCUGUCCCACUCUCUAUCUCACAAUUACAAGCAUGGGCAAGUCAGGCACAACCGACAACCCUUCGCCUCCAAGUCUCAGGUUUACUACAAGCUAGACUACACGGGUCGCACUUUAUUGUUCAAUUUGACCGCAAACAAUCGGCUCGUUUCGAGCGACUAUAUCCUGGAGAGGCGUAAUGGAGGCACCAAAAGGACUGAGAGUGACCGUCCCUCUGCUGGGAUGUCCUGCCAUCUACUUGGCACCGUGGUGGAUUCAGGGGUGAAAGGAACUGCUGCCAUCAGCACAUGCAAUGGAAUGAGAGGCUUCUUCUCCCUGCCUGAGGGACACUUCUUUAUUGAGCCACUCCCCAAAUCUCCAAGUGAUCUUGAAGGGUCUCCAGAGCCCCACAUCAUCCUCCCAAGAGUUACCACGGCAACACACCGGGAGAAACGCAGUCCGGAGGGCAGACAUGCACGCAGUUCAUGCGGAGUUCAAGAUGCCAAAUAUGUACAAGUGGAUAGAGAGCGGGAGGAAUGGGAGAGGGUACACAGUCCCAUGAAGUCCCGCUCCCAGCGCUCGGUCAGCAGGGAGCGUUGGGUGGAGACCAUGGUAGUGGCGGAUUCCAAACUCAUUGAAUAUCAUGGCAGCGACAAUGUGGAGUCCUACAUCUUCACCAUUAUGAACAUGGUGGCAGGUAUCUUCCAUGACGCCAGCAUUGGGAACGCCAUCCACGUCAUCUUGGUUCGACUGAUUUUACUACAAGAAGAAGAGAAAGGACUGAAGAUCGUUCACCAUGCAGACACCACUUUGUCCAGCUUCUGUGCCUGGCAAAAGAACUUAAAUCCACAGAGUGACACGCAUCCUGCCCAUCAUGACGUGGCUGUGUUGGUCACCAGGAAGGACAUCUGUGCUGGGAUGAACCAACCAUGUGAGACCUUAGGCCUGUCUCACCUUUCGGGGAUGUGCCAACCGCACCGUAGCUGCAACAUUAACGAGGAUUCAGGCUUACCCGUCGCCUUCACCAUUGCCCAUGAGAUGGGUCACAGCUUUGGAAUUCAUCACGACGGCCAGGGGAACGACUGUGAGCUGGGAGGGAGGCACCCCUUCAUCAUGUCAAGACAGCUGAUGUAUGACAGUUCACCUCUCACUUGGUCGUCUUGCUCCAAGGAGUACAUCACACGCUUCCUUGAUCGUGGAUGGGGUUUCUGCCUGGAUGAUCGUCCUUCCAAAAGAGACCUGACAACCCCACUGGCACGCCUCGGUGUUCGCUACACCACGCACCAUCAAUGUCAGCUCCAGUAUGGUCAGAAUGCCACCUUUUGCACAGAGGUGGAUAAUGUUUGCCAGAUUCUUUGGUGCUCUGUGAAUGGCACUUGUCGCUCUAAACUGGACGCACCUAUUGAUGGCACGCGCUGUGGACCAGAGAAGUGGUGUAUCUCUGGAGAGUGUGUCAUUGUGGGCAAACUGCCUGAGACGGUGAAUGGAGGCUGGGGACAAUGGAGUACUUGGUCCUAUUGCUCAAGGACUUGUGGCACUGGAGUUCAGUCAGCUGAGAGAGAAUGUAACAACCCCAAACCGGAGUUUGGAGGGAAGUACUGUACGGGUGAGAGGAAGCGUUAUCGGACCUGUAACACAAAACCCUGCCAGAAGAAUAAUCCGACUUUUAGAGAAAUGCUGUGUAGUGAGUUUGACACUGUGCCCUACCACAACGAGCUCUACAAAUGGAUUCCUGUGGCGAACCCCUUAAAUCCCUGUGAGCUACACUGCCGACCUGUCAAUGAGUAUUUUUCGGAGAAGAUGCUGGACACUGUGACGGACGGAACACCGUGCUUCAUGAACAACAACUCAAGGAACAUCUGUGUCAACGGAGUGUGCAAGGAAGUGGGCUGUGAUCAUGGCAUCGACUCCAAUGCAGUGGAGGAUCGUUGUGGCGUGUGUUUGGGUGAUGGCAAAAGCUGUGAGACUGUUUAUAGGUCGUUUGACAAGGGAGACGGCUUCGGGUACGUGGAUGUGGGGGUGAUACCAGAGGGGGCGCGGGACAUCCUGGUAAAGGAAACUGAAGAGACAGGUAACUUCCUGGCUCUGAGAAGACAGGGCUCUGAGGAGUACUUUCUCAACGGCAACUACAUCAUCCAAUGGAAUGGGGAGUACCUGGCUGGUGGGACCACCUUCUACUAUGAACGUAGUGGGAACAUGGAGAACCUUACCGCACCUGGACCCACUAGAGAGCCAGUCAUGCUCCAGUUGUUGUUUCAGGAGAAGAACCCAGGCCUUAAGUACGAGUACAUUGUUAAAAAGACCAAAGAAACAGUAAAUGAUGUUGUCAAACCCAUGUACUGGUGGAGACAUGGCGCAUGGACAGACUGCAGCACUACCUGUGGGCUAGGUGAGCAGCACCAGCCUGCACGCUGCUUCGAGUUGGAUUUGGGUGUUGUAGACGAAUCUCUCUGUGACCCAGAGAGUCGUCCAGAAGAUAGACACCGAAGGUGCAAGACCACAGAUUGUCCUGCCAGGUGGUGGGUGGGUCGCUGGCAGCAGUGCACGGCCACCUGUGGUUCGGACAGCUUGCGGAAGCGUACGGUUCUUUGUGUCCGUACAGUUUUGGGUGAGGAAAGGGUGCUCCAUCCAGUGGAGUGCAAGCACCUCCUCAAACCUAAACCUGUUGUGCCGUGCAACAGAGAUGUACCUUGUGGACAGGAUUGGGAUGUUGGACUCUGGGAAGAUUGUCCAGUGACAUGCGGAGGAGGAGUUCGCUCCCGCACCGUGAAAUGUAUGCUGGCACCCAAAAAGCAGUGCGACCUUGCAACCAAACCACGAACCCGGUCUCUGUGUGCUCUGCAGAGCUGCCCAAAUUCAAGGCUUCAACGACGUCCUGGGCCUCCUCCUAAAUACCGCCGCAUUUACCUGCCUAAGAGCCACCCUACUGAGCGUUCUCCCCCACUCACAAGGACCUCAGCCACAGCAGUUACUGCCACAACCUCUAAGAUCCCAUCAACCGAUCAUUAUGACAAUAAUGUUGUUGAGAAAAAUCAGAGGAAAGCAACAAGUAUGGAAAAUACAGAAACAGAGGAAAGAGUGGAUGUUGAGGAGGGAAGCACACCAAACGUGGUGAUGAACAGUCCUGGUUAUGACUACAUCACAGAUGAUAGGACACGAGAGGAGGAGGGAAUUAUCGAUCUGGACGUUGGUACUACUUGGGUCAAGAGUUCUCUUAAAUCAACCACACCAGUGUCGCAUAUAAUCACACCCACUUUACAAACACGUGGUCCUUGCAUGCACACAACCACACAAGCCACCACAUCGUCCCUCUUCACCUCGCAUGUCACUACCGAGAUCACUCAUGACAGCAACCCACGCAUCUCUUCAUACAGCCCCCAGAUGCACAAGGUUCCUCUAACUACUCCCAUGUUGAAGUUGCAUUCGGUUCCACCCAAAACCCGUCUCAACACAACACAAGCUCCAUUCCAUUCCAGUACUGCAGCAUUCCCCCAGAUUACCAUUAAGGUUAUUAAAGUGAAGAAGCCCACAGUGACUACCAAGAAAAGCAACUCUGCCAAAGAAACCCCAACCCAUUCCAAAGGCAACCGCUCUGACAGCCAGAAUCAGCCAGAUUCAAAUCCCAGAAGCAGCCCCUCCCAGGACCAGGGAGGGCCAGUCAGUAUGGAAGUGUUCUGGGUCGUAGGAAACUGGAGUGAGUGUUCAACAACAUGCGGGAUUGGUGCAAUAUGGAGGACUGUCACUUGUAGCUCCCAGAAGGACAAGGAUUGUGAAAUCACAAAAAAACCAGAGCCUGCCCGCACCUGCCAUCUACAGCCAUGUGCCACGUGGCAAAGUGGCAGCUGGAGCAAGUGUCCUGAUCAUUGUACGGUAGUGGGUAAGCGGUACCGGGAUGUCCAGUGCGUUGAUUCCCAGAGUCACCGUCCUCUUCGACCCUUCCAUUGUCAGGCGGUGUCGAGCAAACCUGUCAGUGCUUUGAUCUGCCCCCUAAAGGCCUGUGUAGACUGGAGCAUGUCACCCUGGGCACCAUGCACCGGGAGCUGUGGUGUGGGUAUGAGGGAACGGCUGGUGUACUGUCCAGUGCCUCAUGGUUGCGGCGCCACACUGAGGCCAAAUAGCACCGAAACAUGCAGCCUGAAGUCCUGUACCCUUUGGACGACAGAAGAGUGGGAGCAGUGCUCUGUAAGCUGCGGAGGAGGUCAGCAGCUGCGUGACGUCAUCUGCGUGAGGGCUGAGGAUUCUAGUGUGAUGCCAGACAGCCUUUGUGAGAAGAUGUCCAAACCAGAAGUGUUCAGGAAGUGUAACACGCAGGAAUGCCGCUCUACCACAGGUCCAGUUUGCAGAAAGAACACAAUGUCCUCUCGCUUCUGCGACAAGCUGAAGCUGCUAGGUCGUUGCUCUUUCAGGUCGGUGCAACGACAGUGUUGUGUCACCUGUAGGUCAUAGACGGGUAUAUCCUCUCACUGCACCUCCCAGCUACUGUUAUUCGUCAACGCGGAACAGGAAAUAUUUGACCGACAGUGGAACCUCUAAAGUUGGUGAUGCUGGUCGACUUUCCAUUUGUUUGGAUUUGCAAUCUUUCUUAUAUCGUGAAAAUGAUCUGUUCCGGAGGAGGCAACCUUCAGUAUUUGCACAGAAAAUGUUUUAAAGUGUAAACAUUUGGCAAAUCAUGGCCAUCAUUAAAUGUUUUCUUCACA